AUGCAGAACAAAAGUGUCACCUGAUGACCCACCAGUCUCCACCAGGUUGCUGGAGCAUUGAGAUCAGAAAUAGACAAACUCAAUGUCUGCUGGCCCAACAGCCCCUCUCAAAGGUUACCAGUCCUGAAAAGGCUUGGCUCAGAAUGAUGCUAGUGAGGAAGGACAUGAACACUAGGAGUCCAAAGGGUUCUAACAACCCCCAUUACCCAGCCCCCAUAUCCUGAGAUGACUCUAUUAUUGCCCACUUUGCCUAGGAAGCUGUCCUUGGUGCUCAAUCUCCUCCCCCUGCUCUUUCCACUCUGGAUUAAAUCUGUCCCCCACCAUGCAUCCCCAGCUCUCCUUGUAUAGCAGCAUAUCUCCAUCCUGGUAUUUAUCAUCGCAGAUGACGACAAUCAGCUCACUUCUCACUACAUUGUCAGGUCCUCAGAGAUAAGAGCCCAACACCAUCUGUCAUCAGAAAACAGUUUACUUUAUACCUCUCAGGCUGAUUUCCACAUUCAGAGAAAGCUGGACGGAGGACAGCAGUGACCUCUGCAUGCCCCACAGCAAGGGGCUGAGCGGUGGGGAAGUGGAGCUAAUGAUCAGCCCUGAGGUGGCUCAGGAGAGAGCUGGGCUGAGAAACAUCGGAUGGGACAUGCGCUGUUAUAAGACAGGCAUCUUCUCCCUGUGUUGCUUCUCGCUUCCCCACUCAGUUGGCUGAAAACACGAUUAAAGUUCUGCCAUUGUUGAUGCAAGCAUCAUCUGUGGCAUGGAGGCGAGGGAGCAUGUGGGGUGGAAGCUAGCACAGAAUACUCUGAGAUUUCUUUUUUUUUUUUUUCAUCCUAAAGUCCAUGAGUUCCAGUCUGUGAACCAAGAGAGAAGAGGGCCUAAGUUGAUAAUCAUUUGUUAUCAGAUUUUGACCUUUUCCUGCAUCUAAGAAGGACCAGAUGAGAGACUCUAGGCUGAGUUUGCUGCUAUAGACCCAAAGGAUUGCAGAGUACCUUCAGGCUCCACUUCCAACUUAGAGGCCAGAGGAAUCCAUCCCAGCUGCUCUGUUCUCCUUGAGGAGCCAGGACAGAUUCCGAGAAGUAGCAUUUCAGGAUCAAAAGGCGACCUCAGACCAAGCACUGGGUAUUCAGGAGAAAGGACUGCUCAUUCUUUCACGCCCCCAUUCAGCGAGCAAGUUGUGCAGAGCAGCAAGUAAGUGUGCUAAGGCACUUCCGGAGGCAGGGCCAUGCUCACAUUCAUGGCCUCUGACAGCGAGGAAGAAGUGUGUGAUGAGCGGACGUCCUUGAUGUCGGCCGAGAGCCCCACGCCGCGCUCCUGCCACGACGGCCGGCAGGGCCUGGAGGAUGGAGAGAGUGCCGCCCAGUGGAGAAGCCAGGAGAGUGAGGAGGACCAUGAGGACGAGGACCCUGACCGCUACGUCUGCAGUGGGGUUCCUGGGCGGCCGCCGGGCCUGGAGGAGGAGCUGACCCUCAAAUAUGGGGCAAAGCACGUGAUCAUGUUGUUUGUGCCUGUCACGCUGUGCAUGAUCGUGGUGGUGGCCACCAUCAAGUCCGUGCGCUUCUACACGGAGAAGAAUGGACAGCUCAUCUACACGCCGUUCUCAGAGGACACGCCCUCGGUGGGCCAGCGGCUCCUCAACUCCGUGCUCAACACCCUCAUCAUGAUCAGCGUCAUCGUCACCAUGACGAUCUUCCUGGUUGUACUCUACAAGUACCGCUGCUACAAAUUCAUCCACGGUUGGCUGAUCAUGUCCUCUCUGAUGCUGCUCUUCCUAUUCACCUACAUCUACCUCGGGGAAGUGCUCAAGACCUACAAUGUGGCCAUGGACUACCCCACCCUGUUCCUGACUGUCUGGAACUUCGGGGCCGUGGGCAUGGUGUGCAUCCACUGGAAGGGCCCCCUGGUGCUGCAGCAGGCCUACCUCAUCAUGAUCAGCGCGCUCAUGGCCUUGGUGUUCAUCAAGUACCUCCCGGAGUGGUCCGCCUGGGUCAUUCUGGGUGCCAUCUCUGUGUAUGAUCUUGUGGCUGUGCUAUGCCCCAAAGGACCACUGAGGAUGCUGGUGGAAACCGCCCAGGAGAGAAAUGAGCCCAUAUUCCCUGCCCUCAUAUACUCAUCCGCCAUGGUGUGGACCGUGGGCAUGGCCAAGCUGGACCCUUCCUCUCAGGGAGCCCUGCAGCUCCCCUAUGACCCAGAAAUGGAAGAAGACUCCUAUGACAGUUUUGGGGAGCCCUCAUACCCUGACGUCUUUGAGCCCCCACUGCCUGGCUACCCGGGGGAGGAGCUGGAGGAAGAGGAGGAAAGAGGCGUGAAGCUCGGCCUCGGAGACUUCAUCUUCUACAGCGUGCUGGUGGGCAAGGCAGCCGCCACGGGCAGCGGGGACUGGAACACCACACUGGCCUGCUUUGUGGCCAUCCUCAUCGGUUUGUGUCUGACCCUCCUGCUGCUCGCCGUGUUCAAGAAGGCGCUGCCCGCCCUCCCCAUCUCCAUCACGUUCGGGCUCAUCUUCUACUUCUCCACGGACAACCUGGUGCGGCCUUUCAUGGAUACCCUGGCCUCCCACCAGCUCUACAUCUGAGGGGAAGCGGGCUCCAUGGGCUGGAAGCUGUAGGAAAUGGCAACCGGAGGCAGCUGUAUAAUUUUACACUCUAGUGCCAUAUAUUUUUAAGACUUUUCUUUCCUUUAAAAGAAAAUGAGAAUGAAAAAGGGUUGUGUUAACUUUGUGAAGAGGAAGGACCAGCUUUGUGGUGCUAGUGGUUUUGUCACCAGGCGUGGCUCACCUCCUCGUGAGCACUCGCCUCACCGGCAGGAAACCCAGAAAGUCAGGCCAGAGGAGCUGAGGAGAGUUCCGAGACGUGGGGUGCCCGGGGAAGGCGCCCUGCUCUCAACCCCCAGUCUGGCAUCCUCAGAGGAGGGCCCAGACAGAGGACGAGGCAAGGAUAUCUGGGACCAGGAGGCCAGGCCCGGGAUGGCAUGUAGCGCCUGGUCACUCUGACUGGAGAGGAAAAGCCAAUUUUCUCUGCAAGGAAUGUUCCCAACGCUUUGUCUAUGAUGUCAUCAUUAUUUUAUUACCUUUAGAGUCCUUGUCACGGCAGUCGUUGCUGGGAAGUGUCUUAAUAUCACCAUCAAUAAAUAGCUGAAUCCUGUCACAGU